AUGUGUCUAAGCAAUACUGUAUCCUCACUUUUGCUCUCCAUUUUGAUGUAUGGAGUUUUGAGUAAUGCUCAACUUAGCUCUCAGUUUUACUCCAAGACGUGCCCUAACGUCACAGUCAUCGCUCGGGGUGUAAUCCAGCGAGCUAGCCGUGUCGACGUCAGACUUACUGCCAAAGUCACCCGUCUUCACUUUCACGACUGUUUCGUGAACGGGUGUGAUGGUUCGGUUCUAUUGGAUGCAUCUCCUGCGGGUGGAGUGGAGAGUGAAAAGGGAGCUUUCCAAAACGCUGGUUCUCUUGACGGAUUCGAAGUGAUCGAUGAUAUCAAAACCGCCAUCGAGAACGUUUGUCCUGGAGUUGUCUCUUGUGCCGAUAUUCUCGCUAUCGCAGCUGAAAUCUCUGUCUCAUUGGCGGGAGGGCCAUCAUGGGACGUAUUGUUAGGAAGGAGAGAUGGUCGGACGGCGAGCCGUGCGGAUGCGGCGGCUGCUCUUCCACUAGCAUUUGACUCUCUCGAUGUUCUCUCUUCUAAAUUCUCCGCACUUAAUCUUGACACUACCGAUCUCGUGGCUUUAUCCGGUGCUCAUACCUUCGGGAGAGUUCAGUGUAUAGUGAUGAACAAUCGUCUACACAACUUUAGUGGUAACAAUGGACAGUCCGACCCGAGUAUUGAACCGGAAUUAUUGCAAACGUUGCGACGACAAUGCCCGCAAGGUGGAAAUCUCACCACGAGGGUCAAUAUUGAUCAUACGAGUCCUGACUCAUUCGACAACGACUAUUUCAAGAACCUUCAAAACAACCGCGGAGUCAUUGAAACAGAUCAAAUCUUGUUCUCUUCGACAGGAGCGCCUACUGUGUCUUUGGUGAAUCGUUUUGCAAAGAGCCAACGUAAGUUCUUUAGAGCUUUUGCUAAAUCAAUGAUCAAAAUGGGAAAUGCAAGGACUCUCACAGGAUCUGAAGGAGAGAUUCGUAGAGACUGCAGACGGGUUAAUUAA